AUGGCGACUUUACAAUCCUUGCCGAAGGAUAUCCUCGUCUUGCUACUAGACUAUCUGCACAACAUCGAGGACUACACCAACCUUUCUUCAACCUGCAAGAAACUACGAGAAUGUAUGCAAAUGGCACUGCCCGACACCCUCUUACGUCUAGCAGUAGCACAGUCGAGAAUAUUUUUUCGACCAUCUCCUCACUUCCUGUUCGCUGCCACAGCCCGAGAGCUGGGAGACUGGGCUCGCCAAUCCGACGCCAAUGAACAAGAACUCGCAGAGCGAUGUCGAGGAGGAGUCGCUGCACUUCUGGAUUUGGCUUUGGACCAUUGUGGCAUCACUAUGGAAAGGAUACGAGAACUUCACCAGAUACGCUUCGAUAUCAUCAAUCCGGUCACGGACAUAAUUGAUCGAUGUGUGGGCGCACAGUGGUAUGAUCAGGAAGAUUUCUGGAAUACGGUCGAAGAUGCGUACACUAUCAACUCGGACCCACCAGAGACUUUCUUCCAUCUCACAAUCUACGGCGAGCUGUUUGGACCAGACUUCGAGACCGUCUUGAACAACGACAGCACAGUCCGAAAACUCAAGCCCGCGACCCGAAUCGAAUUCGCCAAAUACUGCAUCACAGACCCAGCAGUGGCGUCUAAGGACGAAUACGAAGAGGCCGUUCGAUCAGUCGAACGCACGGGACCACAUGACCUUGACGAUGAUGGCUUCUGGAACUAUUCGAAUCACAACAUCGCUCUCACCUGGACCAUCAAAUCGCAGACCUGGAGACCGUACUGGAAGAGCAUGCGAGAGAAAGGCGGACCGGAUUUCCAGGACGAUUUUGACGACGGAUGGUGGACUGAAGAUGGCGUAGAUCAAGACUGGAGGCAGCGGAUGUGGGAGAAUGGAAUGCUCUGUCAGGGGUUGGAGGGGCUUGGGAUGAUGCGGCCUCAGUAUCAGGACAAGUGGGUUGAUAAAGUGAAGGAGUGGAGGGAGAAGAUCGAGAAGCUCGAAAGGGAGCCUGCCAGCACGACGGUCGGCAUACAGACGACGUUGGAGUAUCCGUACUUGCUCGGAGACUUGAGGAUAUGUGCAAGUGGCUAUGUUGCGGGUACGUGA